UCUGAAAAUUAUCAGCUUGUAUCUAGCACAUUGUUCAUCAACGUCACGAAAAUGUCUACCGACAAAACGUGCUUAGUACGCCGGGAUGAGUGGGGUAGCGUCGCGUGCUCCAGCUGUGUUCCAUUCAAAAAUAUCGGGACGGUCAAUAACGUAUCCAUACACUUCAUAGACAGUUGUGAAUCCUUAGAAACGUGCACUGCGCUUAUGAGAGUGUACCAACGCCAAUAUCUAAACACCACCAACAACUUCCUGUACAACUUUGUCAUCGGAGGGGACUGCCGCAUCUAUGAAGGACUCGGCUGGUACAUAAGGAAAUGUAAAAAUAAAAAUUUAUGCGACUUUGAUUCUUGGAAUAUUGUUGGUAUUGGAACGAAGGCCGUGGCUAUGCGCCAACAAAGGCACAAUCAGGGCGAAGAUAACCAAGUUAUAGAGACGCCCCACUCUCCAGGGAGAAACUGGGAUGAUUGGAUCCUGGCUGUGCUACAGUUCUCAGGGUUAGACGUGACUUUCGGCUCUCAGUUAACUCAGGCUUUCAUCAGAUUCUGUACAACUCCUCUGUGCUGA